AUGGAGGAUAGACGAGCUCAGCUGCGGGCCUUCAUCCCGAUGAUGCUGAAGUACAGCACGGGCCGCGGCAAGCCCGGCUGGGGGCGCCCGUCUACGCGGCCCGUCUGGUGGCCCGACGAUCUGCCGUGGGCUAAUGUGAGGAGCGAUGUGCGCACCGAGGAGGAGAAGCAGAGGGUGCCGUGGACCCAGGCUCUUCGCACGAUCGUGAAAAACUGCUACAAGCACCACGGCCGCGAGGACCUUCUCAUCGAGUUCAAGGAGGAGGGCAUCGACAGAGGAAACCAUCAGCCGCACCACAUGCCCUCCACAGCCCACCAGGUGACACACUACUCGCCGACGAUGGUGCAAACAAUCAACAAUCCCGAUGGCACGGUGUCCAUCAUACAGGUGGACCCGGGCAACGACGAUUGGGUUGACGCUGCAGCAUGGAACACAGGACUCAAAGUGCAGACGUAUUCACAGAUCAACACGGCUCACAGGUGGAGGCGCCGCAGGCAGUGCAGACGCUCGCGGACGUUGCCGCAGGCGACGCAGCACGGAGUCGCCUCGACCUCAGCCACCACACGGAGUCACGAUCAGCGAGGAUGGCCAGCUGAUAUUGUCCGGCGAGGCGCUCACCCGCAGACCCGAACACAGGUGUCGUCACGAUUCCUGUCUCCAUGUACCAGACGGUGGUGAGUCACAUGGGCCACCUCGGGGAAGGGCAGAUAGUGCCGGUGUGCAUGCCUAUAGUCACCACUGCCGGCAACACUAACGCUACCUCAUCACAGGUUGCCAUGGCGACGCACGCGCAGCCGCUGGAGAUGGGUCAGGGCGACGUCCCUCACGCGACCAACGCCGUCGAAGUGAUGUCCGUCGACGCGAGCAACUGACAGAUGGCGCCACCGAUCGACGCCGGCGGCAGCGCUCAGUCGUCGACGCGGCCGCCCGGCCGCCAUGUUUGAUCUCAACGCUCGCACGCUGAGGCGCCCCCUGGCCACAGUCGGGCGCUACCUAGCCUUAAAGAGUGUGGAGAGUGAGAAACAGAGUACUAGUGAGA